UUACGAGCGGGCAACAGGUGAUCGCGAGCGCUCCGCAACGAAAGUGAAAGAAAAACGCUCCAAAAAACGCGACUGGCACGGCGAGUCGAGCGUCUUGAGCAAUCUCCGGUGGUGCUGAUGCAGUGAGAGCGACAGGGAGGCAGCUAUAGUGUGCAAGCGGGAGAGAAUAUCGCCUACCCACAGCAUUUAAGUAGGACUUGUGCUUUAAUAUGUGAUGCCAAUACACAAUUCGGCAAACGAAAACGAAAAAACGUGUUUACACUUAAUUUGCUAAAUACGUGAAAAUAAAUAAAAAAUUAAGUGAUACAGAGAAAAGUAAAUAAUAUGCAGCCGCAGGCAACGGAAAUGGAAUCCAUUCGAGCGGUGAUCUUAGUCACCGUCGUAUGUUUGUUUUCCCAAACAGCUGCCCAGGGUCUUUAUUCCAUAAUAGCACCGAAUACAGUGCGUCCCAAUUCACAAUUCCAUGUGGCAGUGAGCUUGCAUAAUGCUCCAGAAUCGGCCCGAUUCAAGGUGGGAAUACUGGGCAGUACUUACACGGAUUUCAAGACAGUGGAGAUACGACCCUUUUCCACACAAUUAUUGCACUUUGAAAUUCCAGAUCUAAAACCUGAUAGAUAUCGGCUAACGGCCGAGGGUCAGGGCGGUGUUCAGUUCACAAACGAAACUCAAUUGCAUUUCGAGGCCAAACAGCACACGGUUCUGGUCCAAACGGACAAGAGUAUCUACAAGCCCGGCGACUUGGUUCAUUAUAGAGUUCUCGUCUUGGACUCUAAUUUAAAGCCAGCUCGUGCCUAUGGACGUGUCCAUGUGGAUAUCAAGGACUCGGGUGAUAACAUCAUAAGGAGCUACAAGGAUAUACGUUUGACAAACUCCAUUUAUUCCAACGAGCUUCGUUUGUCGGACUAUCCACGUUUUGGAACUUGGUCUAUUGUUGUGGAAGUUGCUGAACAAACUCAUUCGCAAACCUUUGAGAUUUUGGAUCAUAUUUUACCCAAAUUUGUGGUAGACAUCGAUACACCCAAGAAUGCCAUUUAUAAGGAUGGAAAAAUUACAGCCACGGUCAAGGCGCACUAUGCCUUUGGCCAGCCAAUCGUGGGCGAGGCUACCCUCUCCAUAUACCCUACGUUCUUUGGUUCCCUCCAGCCCUUCGUUAAUGAUCUCAUAACCCGAAAAGUAGUUCCCAUAGAUGGAAAUGCCUACUUUGAAUUCGAUAUUGAAAACGAACUGCAUCUCAAGCAGGAUUAUGAACGACAGUAUCUUCUAGAUGCUUUGGUGGAGGAGAAGUCCACGGGCUCUGUGCAAAAUUAUUCAACAGUUUUGACUCUUCAUCUUAAUCAUUAUCGUGUGGAAACCGUCAAAGUGCCCAGUUACUAUAUUCCUGGAGUGCCCUUUGAAGCUACUGCUCGCAUAGCCCGUAAUGAUGGCCAACCUCUAAGGGACUUUAACCCACAAAUCACUGCCUAUUUGACGAAUGUUUAUGGCAGCAGUGAAAUGUAUAAUCGUACUACCUAUAGUUUGGAUGCCAGUGGUGAAAUAAAAAUGAAAUUCACAGUGCCUCUGGGUGAUCGUGAUGAGUUUCAUUCUAUAAUUGUCGACUAUCUGGGAGUGAUCAGUGAGGUUGGAAAAGUUCCAAGAAAACAUUUGCACAGCAAGAGCUAUGUAACAGCCAAGAUAUUAAACGAUAAGCCUACUGUUAAUCAGGAAAUAUCCGUGGUGGUUCGUUCUUAUGAACCUAUUAAGUACUUUAUGUACCAAGUUGUGGGGCGAGGUGAUAUAAUUCUGUCGCGUAAUGUGGAUGUAUCCCCGGGCACCUUCCAUACCAUCAAAUUCCUGGCCUCCUUUGCCAUGAUGCCUCGGGCCAAACUUCUUGUUUAUACUGUAAUAAAUGGAGAAUUUGUUUAUGACGAACAAGUCAUACAGUUUGAAGAGAAUUUACUAAAUGCGGUUCAAAUCGAGGCUCCCAUACGUGCUCCUCCUGGCCAAGAUAUAGACAUUGGCAUCAGCACUAAGCCCUAUUCCUAUGUGGGACUCAUGUUGGUGGACCAGAAUGCGGCAGCCCUGAGAAGUGGCAAUGAUCUAACCCACAAACGUCUAAUGGAUGCUUUGAGAUCCUACGAACUUAGUGAUGUCAACACACCCAUGGGCUCUCCAGGGAAAGAGUCUGGUGUUAUAACCAUGUCCAAUACUGACUAUUUUAUUGAAAAAGAAGCCGAAAGUAAUCCGGUACAAGGACGUGAAGCAUCGACGGGCGCCGAGGAGGAUCGAUUGACAACAGUACGGAAAACCGAUAUUGGUCCGGCCCAUAAAAUCGAGGUUAAUACCCUGCCACCCGGCAAGGGGCGUUAUGCCUUCUCGUACACCCCCAAACCCUUCUGGCACAAUCCCCGGGUCCAUGUAAUGCGAAAUCCGGCGGAUACAUGGCUCUUCCUGAACAUAUCCGCCAGCAGUGAUGGCCGGAAUUCAAUUCAUCGUAGAAUUCCCAGUGAUAUGACUUCCUGGGUGGUUUCCGGUUUCGCCCUGGAUCCUGUCAAUGGAUUGGGGUUAUCGUCGCCAAAUGGAAGAUUGGAGGCCUACAAGGAGUUCUACAUUACCACAGAACUGCCCUAUUCUAUUCGCAGAGAUGAACUAAUUGCCCUGCCAUUCGUGGUUCACAACAACAGGGAUAGUGACCUGAAUGUGGAGGUCACCUUCUACAAUUCAGCUUUGGAUUUUGAUUUUCCGCAACUGGAUCCCAAGGACACAAACAAGCCAAAGAUUGAACUCUAUAGAAAACGAUCUCUGCAAGUGCCAGGUCGAUCUGCCCGUUCUGUGUCCUUUAUUGUGACACCCAAGAGGGUGGGUUCCCUUCCAGUCAAGGCCAUGGCAGCCUCUUCCCAGGCCGGCGAUACGGUGGAGCAGAACUUGCUGGUGGAACACCCGGGCGCAACAGAGAGGAUCAAUCGAGGUUUCCUCUUCGAACUCAACUCGAAUGCCCAGAAUAGGAGAAAUGUAACCAUCCAGGUUCCUCGGAAUGCCAUUCCCGAAUCCACCAGCAUCGAAGUCUCUGCUGUGGGAGAUCUAAUUGGAAGUAUUGUUGGAAAUCUGGAGAACCUGAUCCUUCUGCCUUCUGGAUGUGGAGAACAGACCAUGGUGAAAUUUGUGCCCAAUCUUAUGGUGCUGCGGUACUUCGGGCGCCUUCGCCAACUUACUCCCGAAAUUGAAUUAGAGGCCUCCAAUAAUCUGGCCUUGGGCUACCAAAGACUGCUCUACUAUCGCCAUGAAAAUGGUGCCUUUAGUGCCUUUGGCUUGGAUGCUAAAAGGAGUUCCACUUGGCUAACUGCCUAUGUGGCCAGAUCCCUACGUCAGGCUGCUCCUUUCAUCCAGGUAGACAGUAAUGUCCUUCAGACUGCUUUGACUUACCUGGCCAGUGUUCAGUCUUCGAAUGGUGGCUUUGAGGAGCACGGCGAUGUCUUUGAAAGAUUUGGCGAUGAUGGCAUCAGUCUCACUGGCUUUGUUACUCUGGCUCUGAUGGAGAAUGUGGACCUCUACCCUGAGUAUCGUAAUAGCAUUAACAAGGCUUUAGAUUUCAUAACCCGAGGACUGGAUGGCUCCAACAAUCUGCAUGCCAUGGCUUUGGGAACUUAUGUCCUUUCGCGAGCCAAUCACAAUGCCAAGGCGGCAUUCCUGCAGAGAUUAGAUUCUAUGGCAAUAAAUGGAGAUGGCCACAAAUGGUGGAACAAAACAGCUCCUGCUGGGGAACAGCAAUCGCCCUGGUACAAUGCCACUCGAAGUGUAAACAUUGAAAUUUCUGCCUAUGCCGCCUUGGCUCUUUUGGAGAAUAAUCUUGUAGGCGAUGCCCUGCCUGUUCUUAACUGGUUAAUGGAUCAAAGGAAUUCCAGAGGAGGCUUUGUGGCCUCCCAGGACACGGUAGUGGGCCUGCAGGCUCUUCUCUCUUUUGCCGAACGUUUCUCGAGUCAAGAAAAUAAUGUCCAAGUGGGUUUCCAUUAUGGAGAAGGCGCCGAAACCAUUAUCAAUGUAAAUGCUCAAAACUCCCUGGCACUGCAAACUGUAGAGUUGCCCAACAACCUGAAAAACCUGAGCAUUUCGGCCACCGGACGGGGUAUGGCCUUGGCCCAAGUCAGCUACAAAUACAAUACCAAUGUCACUAGUGCCUGGCCUCGAUUUGUUCUGGACCCCACCGUCAAUAGGAACUCCCAUGCGGACUAUCUUCACCUUUCGGCCUGUGCCAGUUUUGUAUCCGUGGCCGGUGAGGCGGAGCAGCGCUCCAAUAUGGCUGUAAUGGAGGUACAGCUGCCCAGUGGCUUUGUGGUGGACAGGGAUACACUGCCCACCCUGGAGUCCAGUGAUCGUAUCAAGAAGGUGGAGACCCAGAAUCGCAACACCAAGGUUGUCAUUUAUUUCGAUUACCUGGACAGGAGGGAGGUGUGCCCCACCCUGCACGCCUACAAGACGGUGAAGGUCACCAAACAUCGCCCAGUGGCAGUAGUUAUGUAUGACUACUACGAUAAUGCUCGUCGAGCUAGACAAUUCUAUAGGGCACCCAAGUCGAAUAUCUGCGAUAUUUGCGAACACGCCAACUGCGGAGACCUUUGCGAAAAAGCCCUAAAACGGGAAUCUGGUCGACCCGACGACUACGUUGCGAUAGCAGGUCGUAGUUCAGGUCGCGACCUUAAGGCUCUUCCAGUCCAAGUGAUUGGUUUGUUGGUUCUGAUGGUUCUUUUGAAAACUGUGCGCUGCUAGAAAUAUGUGUGAAUUAGCCCAGUGGUUAACAGCAAUAUGGAAAUCGAAGCUUUAACAAAAACCCACUCACAUAGUCCAUAAGUUAGUCUAAUGAAUGCCGUGAACUAAAACCUGAAAGCAAAGUACAUUUAAAGAUGCUAAAAUGUUGCCAAUAAAAUGUUAUAACGUUUACUAAAAACUUAA